GGUCCGCACCGCGCCGCGUAUAGUGCAGUGAACGUUUGUGUACGGACGUACGUACGGAUCUAGGGCCUUAGGCCUAGUAUCAUUACUAUUACUACUACUACUGGUAAAUAGUACUACUACUACUAGUCGAGAGAAGGGGCUCGACCUGAGCUGAGGAAAGUUCGUUUUCAGCCAAUAGUCAAGCAUGGAUGUCAAGUUUGAUGGCAAAAGAGCGUUGGUUACAGGAGCAGGAAAAGGUAUUGGGAGAGAUACAGCCAAGAUGCUUGCCCAGUGUGGGGCCGAAGUCUUUGCACUCAGUAGAACUCAAGAAGACCUUGACAGCUUGAAGAAAGAGGUGCCAUCCAUUCAUACACUGUGUGUGGAUUUGGGAGAUCGCCAAGCGUCCAAGGUAGCCAUAGAGAACAUCGGAGCCAUCGACCUUCUGGUCAACAACGCUGCUAUCGCUGCCUUGCAACCAUUCCUGGAAGUUUCUCAUGAUCAGUUUACAAGCAUGAUGGAUGUUAAUGUACGAGCAGUCAUUGAAGUAUCUCAGAUUGCGGCUCGUACCAUGGUAGCCAGGAAAUGUGGGGGCGCCAUCGUGAACCUGUCUAGUCAAGCAUCUCUCGUUGCUCUGGCCAACCACACGGUGUACUGUGCGACCAAAGCAGCUGUAGAUUCAGUGACUAGGAGCAUGGCCAUGGAACUGGGACCUCAUCAGAUCCGAGUGAAUGCUGUGAACCCCACCGUCGUCAACACCGCUAUGGGGUUGGUUGGCUGGGCUGAUCCAAAGAAAGCUGACCCAAUGAGAGCUCGCAUCCCUCUCGGCCGCUUUGCAGACCCAUCCGAUGUGGUCAACGUGAUCCUGUUUCUGUUGAGUGAUCGCAGCGCCAUGGUCAACGGAGUCACAUUACCAAUCGACGGUGGUUUUGUAGCCUCGGGAAUCUAGGUCGCAAAAAUUAAUGUGAAAGGGGCACAAUAACAGGGCGCCUCAAAGCCCAAUCUCGUUGUUUGUAAAAAGCCUAAGAGGGCAUGCAUGGUUACAAGAAACUAAGGAUGAGAUUCCACAUUUCAUUUGGCAAACAUUUAAAGAAACAUUAAUGCACCAUUUUUAACCUGUAAACGUUUCUCGGUGGGGGUGCUUGCGUUUAUUUUGCAUUUUUGAUUUCUGUUUAUCAACAGGAAAUUUCAGUGAAGAUGAAAUUGAAGAAGGUAAAGUUAAUGGAAUGGUAGAAUAUCACUAGAGAUGUCCUAUUAUGGCAAUUCUUUUUGACAAACGUGUACAUACACUGUAAUCAUGUUCUUGAUUUUGUGGUCAGUACCAGCCUUCAUGUUGUUUGGACCUGUGUGAGGUCAAACCUAAGAUAUGUUUUAUUAACAUAUACAGUUGAUAUCUAAACAACCAAAACUUGUGAUUAACUCUUCUUUCAAAGAUUUAUUGGCAAGACAUUAUGACGGAUGAAACAGUACAUCACUUAUAGUAUUGUUCAGUUUUUAUUCCGGUUUGCAAUGUACAUGUAUUAGUUGGUUGUCAUGAAGUUGCAUGGAUCUAUGCCAAAUGAUGUGAUAGACAUUUUCUACAACUCUUUUUUAUUUUAAUAAAAAGGUAAUACAUUUACCUUCGUUCCUUUACAGUGGAACGUCGCUAUAACGAACAUCGUGGGAUCCACAGAAAUUGUUCGUAAUAGCGAUUGCUCGGUAUAGCGAUUUUCACACAUUAGUGGCGCCCUCUUUUGAUCAUUGUUAUUGUGUGGUUGCAUUUACAAACCACGCGCUUAGUCGCCAAACGUGUCCAUUGAUAUUUUCAAUUCCAUAGCAGAACUUCACCAAGUAUGCCAUAGUAGUAACUGAAAGACGACUUCGAACAUGUGCGACUAUUGAAUCAUGUAAUUACACAGUUUUUGAGUUUACAUGGCUGGUUUUUCCUACAUUUCGUUGUGGAAAUAAUAGCCAUUUGUGGCUCUUCUGUUGACAUUUCCAACAAUUUUCGGUACGUUUUGUACACAAACAUUGUGAGCCAAUUGUUCGGUGUAGCCGAAUGUUCGGUAUAGCGGUGUUCGAUAUAGUGACGUUCCACUGUAUUAAAAACUAAUAACAAUGAUCAUUGAUGAUGACCUCAGGUUUCAUUACUUAAAUGAAUUAAAUUGAAUCUAUGGAAAAAUGGCAAGAUAGAGAGGCGGGAAUUUGCAUUGUUUGUUAUUUGCUAAAGUGACUACAUUAAAAACACUGAAAUCAAUUUCUGAAA